AUGGGCCCCUAUACCGCCUCCUCAUGCUGCUGCCAGGCCCCUAAUCUGCCAUGGGCCCCUGUACCGCCUCCUCAUGCUGCUGCCAGGCCCGUAAUCUGCCAUGGGACCCCGUACCGACUUCUCAUGCUGCUGCCAGGCCCGUAAUCUGUCAUGGGCCCCUGUACCGCCUCCUCAUGCUGCUGCCAGGUCCAGAGUGUGUCAUGGGUCCCUGUACGGCCUCCCCAUUGCUGCUGUCUCCAUCGCCACACUCUGCCAUGUGCCACUUUCAGGUCUCCUCACACUGCUGGUGGUUUCCAUUUUUGUCAUAGGGUGCUGUAUGGCCUCCCAUUGCUGCUGCCUCCACCGCCACACUGUGGCUCCACACUCUGGUUUUGGCCCCGUGACUGCCCAAAUGAGUGAAGUGUGCGGUGAUUCUAAGAUCGGCACUCAUCUGCAUGUCAUACUGACUGUCAGUAUUAUUUCUCUUCCCCAGCAGACUCCAAGGGCAUUUAAAUUAAAGGUACAGUGUUCUGCACUAAUAUAA